AUGAUCAUACAAAGGCAAUGGCCACAACAACGAGCCGAGUUUGCCAAUUACCUCACAGCCAAAGCGGGCGUCAUCAAGCAGCUGGUUGCUCACCAUCUGUCCCUUCACCAACAUCAUACAUGCAAGAUCGCUCCGGAAACAGAAUGGAGAUGUGGCUCCUUCAAUAUUUGCAUACCUGUCACCAUCAACGAUGAUUAUCGAGUGGCGUUUCGGUGCCCUUUGCCGUACCGCUUCAAUUUGCUUAGCUCUCCCGAUAUGGCCAGCGAGAAGAUCCGAGGAGAGGCUGCCACCAUUGCCUGGCUAUCAUUGGACUGUCCAGAUGUACCCUUCCCUCGAUUACGAGGAUUUGGACUUCCUGGUGGCCCCUCGUUCACACCACUUGCAAACGCUUCCUGGAGCCGACAAGCGUACGAAUGGCUUCGCCGACAAGUGCUGAUGAGGUUCUUCGUCGAUAUAGACAGUUGGCGACCUUUUGUUCCAUUUUCUAGCCCAGGGCUCCUCAAAAGCGGGUACAUGAUAUCAGAUUAUAUAGAGCCCCAUCAAGGGAAGAUGCUCAGUGCGACGUCGCCUUGCUUUGAGCUGCGUCAUCGCCAGACUCUCUUUCGUAGUCUUGCCAACAUCCUGCUUGACCUUAUGCGAAUACCACUACCACGCAUCGGAUCUUUCACUGUCAGCCACAUGGGUGAGGUCACGCUGAGUGGUCGUCCACUGACUGCAGCGCUGGCUUCAUUGGAAGCCGAAGGCGUGGCUAGCGAGAUAUCUCCAACUACUACCUAUACAUCCACCGACACCUACAUCGACGAUCUACUGCAUUGUCAUGACACGAGGUUGCGGGAUCAACCGAACGCGGUCGACUGCAAGCUUGACGCUGAAGGCCAGAUGGCGACUGUUGUGGUGCUCAAGGCAAUCCGAUCACAAUUUAUCGAUCGGAAACUACGACAAGGACCGUUCACACUCCAACUUACAGAUAUCCACGGAUCGAACCUCUUCGUCGACGAUCAUUAUAACAUCACUGCAAUCGUGGACCUCGAGUGGAGCUGCUCGCUACCGAUUGAAAUGCAACAGCUACCAUUCCGGCUUAGCGGACACGAAGGGGACGACUUUCUCGGAGACAAGGCAAUGGAGAACGAACAAGCAUAUAUCACAGCGUGCAAAGAAUUCCUCGCCAUACUUGACGAAGAACAAAGUCGUCGACAUCUAACACGACUUUCUAUUGACGCCGGCAGUAUCAUUAGCUCGGCAUUCGAGAAGAAAUCGCACUGGUACUUCGCCGCUUUGUGUUGGCCCCGAACAGCCUACAGUCUUCUGAUUGACCACCUUCAGCCAAUGUUCGCGCCAUCCCAUGCAGAUACAGAGGGAGUGGCUAUGUUCCAAAAUGUUUUCGCACCCUAUUAUGCAACUAACGCAUCGAGAUUCGCUGAUCAAAAAGUUAGGGACAAGGCUGAAUACGAUCGAACGUUACGUGAGCUGACCCAGAAGUGA